UUGAGGUGGGGGUAGCAGUCGUGUAUCAAGUUGCGCACUGUCCGGACAGAGAAAACCGGAGCGUUGAGGGUCCAGACUCCAACCUGCUCCCCGCUACAUCCAUUGAAGAAGAAAAGUUUAUGAAUUGGGUCCCCAAGUUUUGGGAGACCCGUGCUUACUGCGCGGGGGGGACAGAGGAGCGGUUCCACCAGCUUUCCCUAUGGAUCCCACCCAGCCUGCAGAGGACCUCAUUCUUACCCAGCAGUCUCCCACCCCAGAACUUGGGGACCCUGAAGACCAUGGUGUUGAAACCCCGGAUGGCUCAGACACUGUAGUCCUUAGCCUCUUCCCCUGCACCCCAGAGCCUGAAGCAGAUGCCAGUGUCUGUUCACUACAGGGCAACUCCCUGAAGCACUCUACGACCCUCACCAACCGGCAGCGAGGGAAUGAGGUCUCGGCCCUGCCAGCCACCUUAGACUCCCUGUCCAUCCACCAGCUUGCUGCCCAGGGGGAGCUGAGCCAACUGAAGGAACACCUGAGGAAAGGUGACAACCUCAUCAACAAGCCGGAUGAGCGUGGCUUCACUCCCCUCAUCUGGGCUUCUGCCUUUGGAGAGAUCGAGACCGUCCGCUUCUUGCUCGAGUGGGGUGCCGACCCCCACAUCCUUGCCAAGGAGCGGGAGAGCGCCCUGUCACUGGCCAGCAUGGGUGGCUACACGGACAUUGUGGGGCUGCUGCUGGAGCGUGACGUGGACAUCAACAUCUAUGACUGGAAUGGAGGGACACCACUGCUGUACGCUGUGCGUGGGAACCAUGUGAAGUGUGUUGAGGCCUUGUUGGCCCGGGGUGCUGAUCUCACCACUGAGGCAGACUCUGGCUACACCCCUAUGGACCUCGCCGUGGCUCUGGGAUACCGGAAAGUGCAACAGGUAAUUGAGAACCACAUCCUCAAACUGUUCCACAGCAACCUGGGGCCCACUGACCCAGAGUGAAGGCUGCCUGGUGGGGACGAAGACACUCAGGGAACCAAAUGGUCGGCCCAGAGCUGGGAGAACCCAGAACUGGCUUCAAAGGCAGCUCCUGGACAGGCAGUGGGAGGGGACCCUUCCCAAGAGGAACCAAUAAACCUUCUGUGCAGAAAUUAAAGGAUUUUGCUGUGAUUCCCUGAGGGCUUCCUUGAGAGGUGUGCCCCCACCCCCAGAGGUC